AUCUGUGCAUCAGAUGAAGGUAUGCUGCCGGCUGUGGUGAGAAGGAUUCUUUGUGUUAUGUCUGUCAUUGAUAUUUUACAUUUGAAAAUGUUGAAUAUGCAAGUGAUUACAUUUUGUGGUUAGUUUAAUGCGGUGGGCGAGAGAGGAGAGAGAUUUAUUGAACUCGUAAGCUUAUAAGAUGAUGUUGUUUACGUAAUGAUAACCCACCAGUAGAUAAAUGACCAGUUUUAGCUGUUACGCAUUGACUUUAUGUGAUGAGUGCAUUAUUUAUCUAUUGUAGGAUCAAAGUUAAUAAAAAGCAGAGAAUGUUUGCAACGAGCUUAUUUCAAAAGUCUUUUUAAAGGUCAUGGUUGUGUCUAAAGUUUCACAUCUAGUCAAAAAUGUACUCACUUCUUGUUUUCUUACUGCCCACUCUCCACAGAGGAUCUUUAUUCUUAUUCCAUAUUUUUGUCACUGCCUCUAUUGUAGAUAAGCUGUGAAGCCUGUCAGCAGCCAGCCGGUGGGCAGUCGGGGCGUCUGGGGCUCAGGCUGGGUUUUAGAGAGCGGCUAGCACAGACGGCGCAAAGCACAAAGACACAGAUUUCAGUCUGGCUUGGUGAACCUGCACACUUGUUCUUUUUUUUCCCUCUCCUCUGGUGUGGCAGUCCUCUGAGCGUGGGAGGAAAUAUGUUUGAGUGAAUCCUGACAGUGGAUGUCCCUCUGCUGAUUGAGUGCUUAUGUGCAGUAGCUCAGCUUUCAUAAAAUCACCUUCUGGGCGGAGCUAGCCAUGGGAACAACCACAUUGCUGGAAUGUUUUGCUUGCUCUCGGCGAAUACGCUGGCUACCGCGCCCUCUUCGCAAUAUCAGACCUUUCCAGCCAAUCCGCUGUUACCCUGAGACAGCACCACCUCACUGGCCAUUCCCUCGCAUCAAUGGUCACUCAAAAUCAGAGCGCACUGCAAGGGACUCAGCAAUGGGGUACGACAGCGCGUCAGUAAUGAGCAGCGAGCUGGAGUCCAGCUCAUUUGUUGACAGUGAGGAAGACGAGGAUGCUAGCAGGCUCAGUAGCUCCACUGAACAGAGUUCCUCUUCACAGCUGAUGCGCAGACAUAAGCGACGCCGACGGAGGCACAAAGUGGCCAAAAUAGAUCGGUCUUCCUCCUUCAGCAGUAUCACAGACUCCACCAUGAGCCUCAACAUCAUCACCGUCACACUCAACAUGGAGAAGUACAACUUUUUGGGUAUCAGUAUUGUUGGUCAGAGUAAUGACCGGGGAGACGGCGGCAUUUACAUCGGCUCUAUCAUGAAAGGAGGAGCUGUGGCCGCUGAUGGAAGAAUAGAACCCGGAGACAUGCUCCUCCAGGUGAAUGACGUAAACUUUGAGAACAUGAGCAAUGAUGAUGCUGUGAGGAUCCUCAGAGAGAUUGUUUCCAAAACUGGUCCUAUUAGUCUUACUGUUGCCAAAUGUUGGGACCCGUCUCCACGAAGCUACUUCACCAUUCCUCGCGCUGAGCCAGUGAGACCCAUUGACCCUGCAGCCUGGAUUUCACACACCACCGCCCUGACAGGACCUUACCCACACUAUGGUAAAGACAACCAACCACCUCCUCCAUCACACACUAUGAAACAUCAAUUCUGUGAGUUUGAUGACUUGCCUCUGUCUGCAAGUAAAACAGACAUGGCCACCAUCGUCAAAGUGAUGCAGUUGCCUGACUCUGGCCUAGAGAUUCGAGACAGGAUGUGGUUGAAGAUCACCAUUGCCAACGCUGUCAUUGGUGCUGACGUAGUGGACUGGCUUUACUCCAGAGUAGAAGGAUUCAAGGACCGGCGAGAUGCGAGGAAGUACGCGAGCAGUCUGCUGAAACAUGGCUACCUGAGACACACCGUCAACAAAAUCACCUUCUCCGAGCAGUGCUACUAUACCUUCGGGGACCUCUGCCAAAACAUGGCAUCACUCAAUUUAAAUGAGGGAUCCAGCGGCGGAGGCUCUGAGCAGGACACUCUGGCACCGCUCCCUCCCACCAGCAACCCUUGGCCCCUGGGCGGCCAGCCAUUCCCCUACCCUCCCUUUCCCUCCGCACCCCCCAGCUUCCCGCCAGGAUACUCAGACCCAUGCCACAGUUUCCACAGUGGGAGUGCAGGCAGCCAACACAGCGAGGGAAGCCGAAGCAGUGGAUCCAACCCCAGUGCAGGCAAAGGUAGACGCUCCUCCCCACAGGAGAAGGGUCAAAGGUCAACAUGCAGCGAAUCAGAGCCCCGCGUCCGUGGAGGGAGGCGCGGUGAUAGGUCCGCCAGCCAAAUGAGCCAUCACAGCCACACCGUCUCCAGUCACAGUCACGCCAGAUCAAGUCUCAGUCACAGUCAGUCACACAGGAGUCACUCUGUCUCACAGAACAGCCACCCGUCCUUCACCUACAGCCACGCCCCCUUCACCCAGCCGGGGCCAGGCUCAUGUGCCCACAGCGAGCGAAGCCAUGCGUCCUCAUACGGCCCCCCAGGCUUGCCUCCCCCUUAUUGUCUGGCCCGUCUGGCCCCCAAGACCUCGGUCAGCAGCAGCACGCCCCCCGGAGCCCCUCCUGGGAGAGAGUUAGCAGCCGUUCCUCCUGAGCUCACCGCCAGUCGCCAGUCCUUCCAGCAUGCUAUGGGCAAUCCCUGUGAGUUCUUUGUUGACAUCAUGUGACAGGACAGUGCCUUUAAAACGAACCGAGCACAAAACAAUUCUCCCCGAACCCCAGUCACCCCCUUCUCUCUUCCCUCUCAAUCCUUUGCCUCUGACUGUCUCUAAGUUCAGAAGUGUAGACACUGACUGGCCCUCUACGUACCCCCCUGCUAUCCGUCUUUCCCUCUGAUGUCUGAGCAAAGGAAUACAGGCAGCAAGUGCACAACAGGAGGGCGUCGUCUCUCACACAAGCACGGGUCCUCUGUGGCUGAAAACCCUCUUUUGUAUUGACGUGACGUGUACAGUUUGUGAAACGUGAGUGGUAUUCAGUGUGGUGAUUCUUUAAAGCUGCCACGCAGACAUUCUUGGGAGUGUGUACUCUACCUAGGAUAUUUUCUGUUCUGCAAGACCUUUAAGCUGGCUGGGCCUGGAUCUCAAUCCCCCAGACCCAGACCGACAACUACAGCCCGCACUUAGGAACAUUUGUCCGGGCCUAGAACUUGGAAUUGUUCUCCUGACUCGUAUCUGUGCGUACUGAUACAAUUUAGCGCGUUACACCAAACCUCUGGCCCCAUUUCCUUUAUACUGUGGCAUUGCCACCGGCUUAUUUAAGCUCUUACCUGCCAACUACUAAAACGCUAACCUUCACCAGUUCACGAUCCGUGGAUUUCUUCAACUUCAUAAGGGAGGCCCUGUAGCCAGCCAUUAGUUUAACUAGGCUGCAUAUUGCAUGACUGUCUCAACUGCUUUAAAGAAAAUAAAUUUUAUUAAUACAUUUUGUUUAAAGUAUUACCAUUAUUGGGGGGAGGAUUUACCUCUUGCCAAUGUUUUUAAAGGAAGAAUCCGUACACUGGAUGAUUUUUGUGAUGUUAUUUAUGUGAUCAUGUUGCAUUGAUGGUGUCAUACUUUGUCUACUGCGGCUGACUGACAGACAAUCAGACAUCACCCUUUGUGAAUCAGUGGCCAGUUUCCACUGUCCUAGCUGUGCUUUGUCGAAUGUAUCAUUAUUAGGUAUCAGUGAUACCCUGACAUCCAUAACACAUUUAAGUAAGCAAAUCAACUUACAAACAGGAUUGCAAACAGUGGACACCCACCACAGCUGUGAAAGCGAACGCAAAGAGUUAACAUGAGAUAAACCAGUUUGCCUCAUGGUUGUUUCCUUCGUAGUGAGCGUGAGCACGGAUAAGAGUCAGUGCGAUGAAAGCCAAAGCCUCACGUUGUGUGGUGGAUAUUUCUUAAUAAUGUAGGAGCUGUCAGUGAUUUAGAUCUCUUCAUGAUUAUCAUCUGACACUUCUCAUUUUACAACUUCAAAGUGACUUCAAGGGGAAUCCUGGCCUUCAGAUUCUGGUCUCCUUGCAAAACAAUGGUAACCCCCUCUUGUAUCUACCUAAAAUAUAGUUACAGGAGGGAAAUAACCAACAGACACUAGUUUUUUGAGCACUUUUCCAUUUUGUCUCUCCCUCCCUUUAGUAUGAAACACUGUUUGCAAUCAAAGCUUUCUCUUUAAUUUUGUUUCUUUACAAAAGAAGAAUAAAUUGUACAUAGAAAUUUAUUAUAUAUAUGAAUAAAAAUAUAUAUGUUAAAAAAAG